GCGGACGCCACCGAUCUCCGAGCCGGUCUCGGAGGGGCGGGCAGGUGAGGACCUCCAUCUAGGAGUCCGCGUUUGUAUCCUGAGACGUGGCGCGCAUCGGUGUCCUGAGCUAGGAUGUGGAGCCUCGAGGGGAGCGGAGACAAAGAUUUGUUUCUGGAGCUGCCAUGAUUGAAGUGGUGGCUGAAUUGAGUCGAGGUCCUGUAUUUCUGGCGGGGGAGGCUCUGGAAUGUUUAGUGACUGUCACUAAUCCCCUGCCCCCGACCGCCACUUCUGCGUCCAGUGAGGCUCUGGCCUGGGCCAGUGCCCAGAUCCACUGCCAGUUCCAUGCCAGUGAGAGUCGAGUAGCCCUGCCACCCCCGGACUCUAGUCAGCCAGAUGUCCAGCCUGACAGCCAGACUGUCUUUCUGCCACACCGAGGUGAGAGGGGUCAGUGUAUCCUUUCUACUCCACCAAAAAUUCUGUUUUGUGACUUGAGGCUAGACCCUGGCGAAUCCAAAUCAUACUCCUACAGCGAAGUGCUGCCCACAGAGGGACCACCUUCCUUUCGGGGUCAGUCAGUCAAGUACGUCUACAAAUUGACCAUUGGCUGCCAGCGUGUCAACUCGCCCAUCACUUUACUCAGGGUCCCUUUGAGAGUUCUUGUGCUGACUGGUCUUCAGGAUGUCCACUUUCCCCAGGAUGAGGCGGUGGCUCCAACCAGUCCAUUCUUAGAGGAGGACGAGAGCGGCAAGAAGGAUUCAUGGCUAGCCGAACUGGCUGGGGAGCGCCUCAUGGCUGCCACCUCCUGCCGCAGCCUCCAUCUGUACAAUAUCAGUGAUGGCCGAGGGAAAGUUGGGACAUUUGGUAUCUUCAAAUCUGUGUACAGACUCGGCGAGGAUGUGGUGGGGACCCUAAACUUAGGGGAAGGAACUGUAGCCUGUUUGCAGUUUUCAGUAAGCUUGCAGACUGAGGAGCGUGUACAGCCUGAAUACCAGCGGCGCCGCGGGACAGGAGUUGCCCCUUCGGUGUCCCACGUGACGCAUGCCUGGCACCAGGAGUCCUGCCUCCAUACAACUAGAACCAGCUUCUCCCUCCCCAUCCCUCUUUGCUCUACCCCUGGCUUCUGCACUGCCAUCGUGUCCUUGAAGUGGCGACUGCAUUUUGAGUUUGUAACAUCCCGGGAACCAGGAUUGGUUCUUCUGCCCCCAUUGGAGCAGCCUGAACCUGCGACCUGGACGGGGCCUGAGCAGGUGCCUGUAGACACCUUCAGCUGGGACCUCCCCAUCAAAGUGCUUCCUACAAGCCCCACCCUGGUCUCAUAUGCUGCCCCAGGCCCCAGUACCAGCAGUAUAACUAUCUGAAGGUGGCCCACAUGCCCACCGUGGCACUAGUUUCUUCAAGACAUUGAAAACUCAACAGCUGGAUCCGGUGGGGCCCGCUUUUCCCACCUGGGGCCCUGCCGCACAGCGAUGAGAACCAGGCUUUCAGCUGUGGCAUUGAUUUAUUUAUUCAGAGUAAACGGGCAGCUGCUAGUGGUUUCCCUGGGAGUGGCAGCAGCAAUGGGCAGUCAGCAGAUGGGUGAUCCUUUAGCUGGAGUGGGGAGCAGGAGCUCUAGGAACAGGGGUGUUAGCUGAGCCCCAUUCUAGGUCGGGUCCUCCCCCUUUGCAGGGAAGUCGAGGGUCAGAUUUUUGCACCAGAGAAAACUGACAGGUUCCUGCUUCCUGGCGCACUUCACACCCAGCGGGGAAGUCAAUGGGAUGCUGCGACCUAGAAAACCAAAGAUUGGUAGUCGGUACAGUGAAAAGCCACCUCUAUGGCGUGCCCUUCCCUCUCAUAGCUGUCCCCCGCCCAGUGUCUUCCAGUGUCCCCCAGACUCUCCAGCUCAGCUCUCUAUAUAAGGAGUUUUUAGUUUCCUAAGCAGGAGUAUUGCCCUCCAGAUCUACCUCAACUCCCCUCCCUCCUUGGUGCCUUCACCUCUGUGGUCGCAUGUUGCUCUCCUGUUUAUUCUUGCCUCACAGAACUUAGUUCCUCCCCGACCGUCCUCCCUCUGGGUCACUUACGUGUCACAGCAGCCCACACCCACGGGGUGCAGACAGGUGCAAUGGAAGCAGUCCUUGCGGAGCCAGGAUUCACCCAGAGUGAAGUAUUUCCCGUCGUAGUGGCAGGGAGCUAGGGAAGGAUGAGAACUGGUCAGUUGGUAGGUGAGAAUUGCGUGUGUCGGCAGCAGUCUCCUCUGGUCUAGGGUGGGAGAGAAGCCAUGCAUACUAGCCCUUGUUGUCGUCCCUCCAUGUCACAGGUUGGAGGACUGAAUAUAUAGAUAGAUAUAGAUAUUCUAACAGGGUCGUCUCUGAGCUCUCGUCACCCCUCAUCUUUCCCUUAAGCAUCAAGCAGUCCACCUUACCUUGAGCUUGGAAGUAACACUUGCUGUUAACUCCUGGGUGCUGCAGGAGCAGAGACACCACCAAGCAGAUGAUCCUCCAGCCUCCCAGGAUCCCUUUGCCCUGUCCAGCCCAGAGCAUCCUUAGAGCCAUUCCUGUAGCUCAGCUCUCUCAGACCCUUGCCUGGCUUUUGUUCAGAUUCCUCUGGCCUUAUCCCCUUGCUUUUCCUGCCUUGCUCCUUGACUCCUGAGUGUCUCUCCUUGGGCUCUGUCUCAUACCAUGCCAGUGCCCUCUGCUCUUACAGGCUGGGGAUGUUUAUAAAGUGAGGACCCUGGCCCCCUGCUGAGCAGAACUGGACAGGCUGUUGCUCUGUUUCCUGAGGUGAGGGCAUGAAAACAAGAGGUCCUGCUUUUAACAAGCUGUGAGAGCUGAUUCAUGCCCCCACACAGCUAGGAGGAGGGAGGUGGCCAUGGAAGGGGCACUGGACUGGGCACUUCCCCAGCUGGGAGGGGGAUGGUUGAAGGCCCCAGGUGGUCCCCAGAUCUCCUUGACCUGCAGAGAGGAAGCAUUCCAUCAACCCUCCCUCCACCACCACCACCAGGGGUGUGUGUGCUGGGAUCCUUGCCUGGACCGGAGGGAGGCAUUUCCUGGGGAUGGCUAAUCCUGUGCCCCAGCCAAACCAAGGAGCUGCAGCAGGGUGCAGCUGCCAGAGGCUCCAGGAGAGCAGUCAGGCAUCUGGAGUGGAGGGCAUGUUUCCUUCAGUUCCUGGGGUGGGGUGGGGGGGCAGGGUUUCCCUGGUGCAUCUGAGAAGUGACUGUCCUCAGCAUUAUGGGGAGAGGGGUUCACCCAUGGGCACCCCAAAGGUAAACUUUCCAUUGUUUUUAUACCCAGUGGGCAGCAGCUACAAGAUUGCCCCAUCCCUAGUAAUGCCCUCCCUCAGAAAAGCAUCUCUUCCAAGUACCCCAACAGAUCAUCCCCCUUCUACAGAGAUGUGCCCUCCCUCACGAUGGAGCAAGGCCUUGUGGGCUUUCGCCUUUGGCAUCCUUUGAGUUUUGCAGGCUCUGGAGAUUCAGGUGGUGACUCUUACUAGCCAUCUGACCUCGCACAAGUUACUUCCCCUCUGCCAUCCUUUCUUUUCAUUCGUGCAUUGCCAGCUCAUGGGCUCAUCGUGAGAUAGCACAUGGGAUGUUCCUAGUAGCGUCUUUGGCCCGUGACCCUCAGAAAAUAGCCUCUUCUUGAGGCUAAAGCUCAGAGACAAAAUGUUGGUGCACUCUCUGGAGGACAGUAAGCAGCUUGCACAGCUGAGGUCUGCUGUUGUGAGUGCCUCUCCAGGCCACAUUUGUGCUCCAAGGUACCCUACUACCUGCUUCGAAAGCAGAUGUGGCCCUGUGAGCAUUUUGGUUCCAGUCAUUAACACCUGGAGUUCCUCACACCUGGCUUGAGCUGCUUUUCCCACCUCAGUACCUUGGGAAGAGGAAUCUCCUUACCCUCCCACUAGCCUCAGGACUCUGCUUUCUCUUAUUUGAUCCUGACCCCCUUUUUUUCCUCGUCCCCUCAUGUGAAUUACUUUCAAGUCUCCACUGCGACACUUGUGAUAAUAGUUUAUCGAUUACUAAGGCCCUGAUCUAACUGGUCUUCUUUACUUUUUACUUCCCCACAUUUCAGAGGCCCCGCUGCUGUCCCCUCUCCUGCUCAUAGGACGUUUGCUCUGGUUUUCCUUCAAGCCUGUAGUCCCAUGCAGCCAAGCUUUACUCCAUCCCCUCGUACAGCAGAUCUGACUUACUUCCGGCAGGCUUUUGUAGAAGCCACCCUGCCUGCCAUCUCUUCAUCCAGCAGCCACUGUCAGUGCCCCUCUAAUUCCUUAGCUGUCUUCCUCCAAGAUACCUUUGGCUUUGGCCGGGGAUGCAGGUCAGUGAUAGAGUGCUUGCCUACCCUCUCCAUGUCCUAGGUUCCCCCCCCCCCCCCCCCACACACACACAAAUUGAGUGAAAGAAAACAAGAUUCCCUUUUAGAGAUGCUGUCAAGACAAAAACAAAGGAAAACUUAGGGUACACCCAGGUAGGCUCCUGUGUAGGGGCCAUGGCCUUGACUCCCUGACAUCUUGGCUGGAGAAGGGAUUAGAAGACAUCAAACAAGCACAGGGUUUAGCAGUCUGGUCAUUAGUUAGCUUUUCCUCUGCUUUGGGGGAACCCACCUGAAGGCUGAGUGUAGGCUAUCUUCUGCACGCACUACAGACUAGAAGUGGGAGCGAGUGGGAAGCUAGAGACCCUGGAGGCAGUGGAGAUGCUGGAAGUGGACUUGGUGGGCACUGGUGUGUGAGCCACACUGCAUUAGAAGGGAGGAUUAGCCUCCUGGAAUGCAGAUGAAGCAGACAUGUGCUGUGAGAGCGUCAGGAAGGAAGCUGGAGCUGAGCAGGACUACUUUCUGAGGUUGCGGAGCAGUGUAGAACUGAUCGAUGGCCUGGGCACUGCGGUAAAUGUGUAGGGGUAUCAGUGGCUUACGUCCAGCCCGCUGAGUCCUUGGAGAGCAGCCUUUGGAGCAAGGGACAGGGCAGGAGUUGGGGUGGGAGUUGGCACAGGCCACCUGUGCAGGGACAAGGAAAACAUCCGCUGGAGGUGGGCCAGGCUGUGUUCCAGCAGUGCAGGCAGGUGCGCAGAGUGAGGAAGUGAGCACAUUCCGGGGCUGAGUCACCCCAGCGCUGCCACUUUGCCCAGAAGGUACAGAGCAUGGCCUUUGAAGAUCAUGGCUCUGGGAGAUUUGAGGACCGAACCCGGGGUGGGGAGAGUCUUGAAAGAGCCCAAAGAAAUCAUGGAAGGGGUUGUCUGCCCAGCUGGCCCCACAGUGCGAAAUGCAAAGCCCCUAAGUUCACAGCUUGUCUCUGAAUAGAGACAGCCAGGCAGGGUAGAGCCUCUGGGAAACUUGAGGGGAGAGGCAGAGGAAAGAUCCUCCAAAGGCGUCCUAGAGAGAGCAGAUCCAGGAAAACUGGGAGGCAGGUGGUACAGCUCACCUGGGUUAAGCUUCUGAGAACAAAGCAUCCAGCAUCCCAGCAGUGGGGUAUUCUGAGCCAGAGGUGCCUGUCCAGAGGCCUGUGUGAAGGACGGGCUUCAGGGAGUGUGGAGAGUUGAGUGAUCUGGAUCUUUGCAGUAGUUCUUGGUUCUGAAAAGGCUUGCUGUGAUGGAAAAAUGAUGUGUGGAUUUCUCGGGUGGACUGGGACAUCGUGUUGGCCGGUGUGGCAAAGGUAGUGAAGGGUGUGAAAAUGAAGCCAUCUCUGUUUGCCGUAGUCACCAGCGCACGGAGAAAUCUCAGGAGGGUUGCCACUAGCGUGAGGCUAACCUGGGCUACAGAGCAAGGCCCUAUCUUAAAAAACAAUUUGUCCUUACUGAAUUUUAAAACAAAAUCUUGAAUAAAAGUUGAAAAUCAA